AUGUAUCUCUGGGAUGCUUCCAGGGGUUCUAUUUCUGAGCUUGUGACCAUUGAUGAAGAUGAAGGACCUGUCACAAGCGUAAGCUGGGCACUUGAUCGUCAUAAACUUGCAAUUGGACUCAACAACUCUGAAGUCCAGCUUUGGGAUUCUGCAGCCAACCGCCAAGUGAGUACAUUGAAGGGUGUUCACCAAAAAUUGGAUUCCAGCAAUUAUUCGCAGUUGAGCGCUCGUUUGCUGUUUCAGAGACGCUUUCUUCCGAGAAACAGUUCCAAAGAAAACCUUGACCGAUUCAUCCCAAAUCGGCCUGCCAUCUAUUUCGACUUUGCUCACUAUACGCUUACGGACGGAAAAGGCAAAGGUGAACAUGUAAGUUCUUUUUCACCCUCGAGAGAAGCUUACAUGAAGCAAUUGGCUGAGGUGUUGAAUCUGAACCGCACAUGCAUCCUUCCCUUUAGGAACAAGCCUCAGCCGCGAGCCACACUUUCUUUCAGGGAUUACUAUGCUUUUCGUGAGCAGCAACCUGCAGUGCCAAGGCACAUUCACAUCCCACAGACUCUCCAGAGAAUUUUAGAUUUGCUUGUCCUUGUAGAUGACUUCUAUCUCCACUUGCUCUACUGGGGAAGUGCCAAUGUUGUAGCCAUAGCUGUCGACCGCACUGUGUAUCUCUAG